CCUCAAGCUAGCGCUUCACCUCCCGCCAACUUUCUUGAUCAUGAUUUCGACUACCAAAUCACAAUCUUUCUCUGUUAGAUUCCCCUUAAAGUGGUACUAGGCGGGACUCUUUGACGCGGUCAGGCGGUCCUCGCCUUCAUUGCGCGCUUGCAAAGCACUCGCACCUGAGGUGCCUGCAGCCGUUCAAACUUCACACUCGUUUGCAGACCAUGAUAAUCAGAAUCCGGCGCCCCCGUGCGCUGGGUCAGCCCCUCGUUUUUGUUUCCAUUACACUGGUCAUACUUGCUGCGGCAAGUUUUCUUCUCAGAAGCCAACAAUACAAGUCGAUACAACUGUCGGAAGCAACGGACUUCACCAAGCCGCCGCCCUUGGAUGGCACAACAACUACGCAGGUUCAUGUGAUACACUCCGACACUGAGGUUGAUAGUCUCCAGGAAGUACCGACACAGGAGGAGUUCGAGGAGGAGAGUAGGAAGCUGUUGGAUGAUCCUGAGGAGGGCGCAAUCUACGGAAACACACUCGAGACACUCAUCGAUAAAAACAAGCGAACGGCCCAACAGAACAAGUUCCUCACAAGAUCAGGAAGCGAGGUGCCCUAUAGUAUCGAUGAGCCGUAUAUCUUCAACCCAUAUCCACGAUACAACAGUCGAGCCUGGAAGUCGUCGCACUCCGCCUAUACACCAUGCCUGGGCCCAACCGGGAAAGAGGUUGAGGAUAUCCACGUCUUCAAAGGGCAUCCAUCCAGGUUCCCUGAGCCUGGUUUCGGUAGCUACGAUCUUUUGGGAAUUGACAAGAAUCUUUGCUUUGAACGAAGGACUCGAUUAGGCCCGUACGGGGUGGCGCCCAUGGAGGAUAAGGAUGGGCUGCCGUUUGAUUGGGAGACGGCGGACUGGGGAGAGCUUCAGUUGCAGUGUUUGCACAAGAACAAAGGUCGAUUUGCGACGGAAUAUCCUGCCAACACCUUCUCCGACGGCGACAGCGGGUUCCAUGUGGCGACAGAAAGAAAACACAAGGCAGACGGACCUGCAGACUCAAUUAUGAAGAACAUGAAACGAUGGUGGACUCCGAAAAAGCAAUAUGGAUCGCUGACGAACAUGACGGGUAGAACCGACAAGUCGGCAACGGAACUAAGAAGCGCUGUUCUUCUUCGCUCUUAUACGGGGAAGAAAUACACAGAGAACGACAAGCAAGUUAUCAGAUCCAUGGUGACAGAGCUGAGCUUGCGAACAGGAGGACAAUAUCAGGUCUUCCUUUUCGUUCAUGUCAAGGAGAACCGCGACAUUUGGUCGGACGACGAAGCAUAUGAAGACAUAUUGGAUACCGCGGUCCCUGUCGAAUUCAGAGGGAUGACGGUACUUUGGGAUGAGGCAUCCAUGAAGUUGGUAUAUCCUAAACUGAGCAAGGAGGCGAUCCAAGUCCACAACGCACAGUUUCUGUCUGUUCAAGUAUUCAUGCAAAAGUUCCGAGAGUACGAUUUCGUAUGGAAUUGGGAGUUGGAUAGUCGUCUGACUGGCCAUCAUUACGACUUUUUGACUAAACUUGUUGAUUUUAGCAGGAAGCAACCAAGAAAGGGGCUAUGGGAGCGAAACGAACGGUUUUAUAUCCCAUCUUACCAUGGCGAUUACGACACGGUAUUCCGCAAGAGCGUUGAACAGGCGGCUGGCCAGGAUUCCAUAUGGGGUGCCCCUCACUUACCCGUCGUCAACCCAAUCGGGCCAAAACCACCACUUCCAGCACCAGAGCUGGAUCGAUACGAGUGGGGUGUCGGCGAGGAAGCUGAUCUCAUUACCCUGUCGCCGAUGUUCAACCCUAUAGACAGCAACUGGGUUCUGCGCGAUCAAGUGUGGGGUUACCAAUCUGACGCCUUCCCAGGCAAAGAUCUCCCUCGCAGGGCAACCAUCAUCACGCAAGUGCGAUUAUCGAGGAAGCUGGUCGAUGCCAUGCACGCCGGGAAUCUGAGGGGAAAUCACGUCGGCUCCGAGAUGGUAGCCCCGACUACCGCUUUGGUCCACGGACUCAAAGCGGUGUACGCUCCGAUGCCCGUGUUCUUCGACCGGCCAUGGAACGGUACCCAGCUGGCGCGAUGGUUCAACGGUGGACCGCGGGGGCAGAGCGGCGGGUUGGGUAGCGCGAUGGGAUGGGGCAGAGAAGGGAGGUUCCAGGGUGCCACGUGGUACUUCCGCGCCGUCCCGCCGCCACGGUUGUAUAACAACUGGAUGGGAUAUGAAGAUACGGGCGUCGGUGGCACCGAGUGGGAGCGCAGUCAUGGUCGGCCGUGCCUGCCUGCCAUGUUUCUCCAUCCGCUCAAGGACGUCAGGCCGACACCGAAGGGGUAUACAUCUGAGUCGAGGUUGCCGUACUAAAUAUAUUAACGUUGAUGUUUGAAAGAGAUGUAGGCACAAUUAUGCUUGAUCGAGAUAAGAAGGGAUAAUGUCACACGUGUUGACUGUCUGAGUCUUGUGAC